AAUAGCCCCAAUUUGCCAGCAACUCCAAGAAUAUAGACAUGGCUACUUUCACAGUGUCAUCUGGGACUAUAAAUUCCUUGACACGAACCCUCCCAUUAAAAAAUACAAAACCCCAUUUCUCCUUCUCUCUUUGUUUCACUUUAAAAGCAUCAAAAUCAACACUACGAGCUACUACUUCAAUGUCUUAUGAUAAAGAACUUGCUGCUGCCAAGAAUGCUGCCUCUCUCGCUGCUCGCCUUUGUCAAAAAAUCCAAAAGGCACUGUUGCAAGCAGAUGUUCAAUCGAAGUCUGACAAAUCUCCUGUGACGGUGGCUGAUUAUGGCUCACAGGCCGUGGUUAGCGUUGUUUUGCAGAAAGAGUUGGGUUCUGCAUCAUUUUCAUUAGUGGCUGAGGAGGAUUCUGGAGACCUUCGUAAAGAAGAGGGUAAAGAAACAUUACAGCGUAUCAUGAAGCUUGUCAAUGAAACACUUGCUAGUGAUGGAACAUAUGGUAAUGCUCCAUUAUCCGAAGAAGAUGUGCUUGCUGCCAUUGAUAGUGGUAGAUCUGAAGGGGGUCCUUCUGGUCAACAUUGGGUGUUGGAUCCUAUUGAUGGUACUAAAGGGUUUCUAAGGGGAGACCAAUAUGCAAUUGCAUUGGGAUUGCUAGAUGAAGGGAAGGUGGUUUUGGGCGUCUUAGCCUGUCCGAAUCUUCCAUUGUCUCAAGAAAAAGUUGGUUGCCUUUUUUAUGCCCAAGUUGGUGGUGGAACUUAUAUGCAGUCUCUUGAUGGCUCUACGCCGAUAAAGGUGCAUGUAACUGAUUUAGACAACCCCGAAGAGGCAUCGUUUUUUGAAUCUUUUGAAGCAGCACAUUCUUUGCAUGACCUAUCUAGCUUGAUAGCAAAGAAACUCGGUGUCAAAGCACCUCCAGUUCGAAUAGACAGCCAGGCAAAGUAUGGUGCUUUGUCCCGUGGAGAUGGAGCAAUAUAUCUCCGUUUUCCUCAUAAGGGCUAUCGUGAGAAGAUAUGGGAUCAUGCAGCAGGAUAUCUUGUUGUCGCAGAAGCUGGAGGUGUAGUCUCAGAUGCUGCAGGAAACCCUUUGGACUUCUCAAAGGGAAGAUACCUUGAUUUACACGAAGGCAUAAUCGUCACCAAUCAAAAGCUGAUGCCUGCUCUCCUAAAGGCUGUUAAAGAGUCUUUGAAUGAGAAAGCUUCAUCCUUAUGAUGAUCAAAACCAAUAACAAUAAAACUGCAGCUAUCUUCGUGUAUAUGUAACACAAUUGUAGUGCCCAGAAUUGUACUUGCAGCUGCUCAUUUUUCACCUGUUCUUUUGCUUUCACACAUUUCUGAUAUUGCUAUUGUUAUGUCAGCUCAGCCUUGAUGAAUUUGAUUUCCCUUUUGAAUAAAUCUAUCAGCCUUGGUGUUUGUCAUUAAGAGCUCAUUCAA